CCUGCCCAUUAGUCCAUCUCAUCUCAGUAAUCUUUCAUCACCAUUGGCCAUCCCCAGGACAGCCUUCCCUGAAGCCGGCCAAUCGCAGGGGCUCCAUCUGCACCCGGCCACGCCCCCUUCCUCUUAAAGAGCCCUCUUGUCUUCAAUGGAGACUCAAUCCUCCUCACCGACUUACUCAGCCUGAGUGUGCUCUCACCGCUGCUGCUGCUCUCCAUCCAUCCGUCUCUGAUCUCCCGUUUUCUCUUCCUCCGUCCGUCACUUUCUACUUUCCCUUCUUCUUCCUCCUCUCACUUACUUCCUCUCUGCCUCUGCUCCUUCCUCUUCUUCCUCUGUCUGAAUCUACACUCCCCAGCCUGAGCGUGCAGCACCUGUGCAGACUGGAGUUUGUUGGGCUUGAGGCAGAACAUUUCUCUUUUUUUUUUGUUGUUGGUUUGUUUUGUGUGCAUGUGUUUUGAACAGGGGAGGGAGGGGAGACAACACCCAGGAACACCUGACCGACGUUUGGUGAAGAUAUGUGGAGACUUGGGAACUGAUCUCCUCCUCAUCUGUUGAUUUUUUUUUUAAACAAUUUUUAUCACCACACCUGGAAUGCUUAACGUGGACUGAUGGAUGUUUCCGAGCUGUGCAUCCCCGACCCUCUCUGCUACCACAACCAGUUGCUAACCAGAAUGCCCUCUGAGGAUCGGCACUUAUCCUCCAGCUGUGGUUCUUACGUCAAAACCGAGCCUUCCAGUCCGUCCUCCUCGCUCGUCGACACCGGCAGCCACCACAGUCCCAGCGGCAACUCCGACGCCAGCGGCGGCUACAUUAACGGCGGCAGUGGACGCUCACACGCCCUGGACUCCCCGCCAAUGUUCAACCCAGGCAUGCUCGGAGGCGGCAGCGCCUGCUUACGCCGCUACGAGGAGUGCUCCGGCGGCAUGGCGGACGACUCGCCGAUCAAGUGCGAGUACAUGCUCAACGCCAUUCCCAAGAGGCUCUGCCUGGUGUGCGGCGACAUCGCUUCAGGGUACCACUACGGGGUGGCCUCCUGUGAGGCCUGCAAAGCCUUUUUCAAGAGGACGAUACAAGGGAAUAUCGAGUACAGCUGUCCGGCCACCAACGAGUGUGAGAUCACCAAGAGGAGACGAAAGUCCUGCCAGGCCUGCCGCUUCAUGAAGUGUCUGAAAGUCGGCAUGUUGAAAGAAGGUGUGCGUCUGGACCGGGUGAGGGGGGGGAGACAGAAGUACAAGCGGAGGCUGGACACGGAAAACGGCGGCUACCUCGGCCUCACCAUCCCCCCUCCGGCCAAAAAGCCACUGACGAAGAUUGUUUCCCAUCUGUUGGUGGUGGAGCCAGAGAAGAUCUAUGCCAUGCCUGACCCCACCAUGCCCGACGGGGACAUCAAGGCCCUGACCACGCUGUGCGACUUGGCCGACCGCGAGCUGGUCGUCAUCAUCGGCUGGGCCAAACAUAUCCCAGGUUUUUCCACGCUGUCGCUGGCAGACCAGAUGAGUCUACUGCAGAGCGCCUGGAUGGAGAUCCUGGUGCUGAGCAUCGUGUUCCGCUCGCUGCCCUGCGAGGACGAGAUCGUGUACGCCGAGGACUACGUGGUGGAUGAGGAGCAGGCGAGGAUCUCAGGCCUGCUGGACCUUCACGUCGCCAUCCUGCCGCUGGUCCGGCGCUACAAGAAGCUGCGCAUGGAGAAGGAGGAGUUCGUCACGCUCAAAGCCAUCGCGCUCGCCAACUCAGACUCCAUGCACAUAGAGAACAUUGAGGCGGUCCAGAGGCUCCAGGACUCCCUACACGAGGCUCUGCAGGAUUUCGAGGGCCCCCAGCACCCGGAGGACCCUCGGCGGGCGGGCAAGCUGCUCAUGACCCUCCCUCUGCUCCGUCAGACCGCCACCAAGGCCGUCCAGCACUUCUACAGCAUCAAAAUGCAGGGCAAAGUGCCCAUGCACAAACUAUUCCUGGAGAUGCUGGAGGCCAAGGCUUGACAACCGAGGCCGGAUGUUUGACGGACAGCUGCGUCACCCAAUCCGAGGGGCGAGAAAAUGAAAGGGUGUGUGCCAACUGACGGUGAAGGGACGAAGCGUGGACUACUGAGUCAAUUUUAACACUUUUAAACUAAUAAAGGAAAAAAAGGGACUUGAAAUAGUUUUGAAAAAGGGGUGACUAUCAAACUUGUCUGACGUGGGAUCACGACGAUGUAAAUAAAGAAGUUGUGUACAGAAAUCAAGCGGCCGAGGUCUUGUUAUAACCAGAGACCCGCUGCUCUAUAUCACCCGAAGCUUCUGUGAAUCUGUUUCUUAUCUUAUUUUCAUCUCAAAAAUGGAAGUGUGGUAAAUAUAAAUGUCCUAAAGAGCUGUACAAUUAUGUAGCCACAUUGUUUUUUCUUUCUUUAUCUCAUAUUUUCUAAUCUCAGUUGUUGAAGCAAUAGUCUCUAACUGGUCGACAUAUAAUAUGUGUACUGUAUAUUGUGUGAAAUUGCACUGGGCAUGGGGGGCGGGAGGGGGGAUUGUUAGACAUAUUCUUAUAUUCGUCAUCAAAGGAAACGCUGCCCGCCACGGGUUCGAUUCCCCAUUUCCUCGUAAUAUAUUUACCUCGUAGUAGCUUCAUCGACUCAGUGGUUCGGUCAACUUGGUGCUUACAGAUGGACGGUUGGUUGGCUGGCGGUUUCACAAAGAAUUUGCACUAAGCGUCUACGAUUAACGUGGCAAUAAUGGGAAGCUCCGUCCGCUGGCGUCUGGUGUUUUUAUCGCUCGUAGAAACUAAAACGCCCUCCUCGCUUCUCUCUGUGUCGUCAUUACUGGCAACUAAACAUACUGUGAAACUUGCAACGGUAACGAUAAGCUGUAUUUAAGAGUCUCGUAGCUAAACUGUAUGUCAAAGGACACGACGGCAGCGACGUUUAAUGCAAUCUAAGGCUACGUUCACACUGCAGGCUAAAGUGACCCAAAUCUGAUUUUUUUUGCCCCUAUGCGACCUGUAUCUGAUCUUUUUAUGACAGUCUGAACGACACAGAUCUGAUUUUUUCAAAUGCCACCCAGGCCACUUGGACAUGUGGUCCUAACUCCGAUACGUAUCGGAUCUUUUGCCAUGCGGCUUCAGUCUGAAUGGCCAGGUCGCAUUUAUCCGACCUAUACGUCAUUGGUACACACCAAACGUCACUAUUCUGCGUUCAAGCAAAACACGUCUUCGGGCUGCCGAAGACGUGUGUCUAGCCGUGAGAGUGUUAAAAAGAAGCGCUCAAAUAUGGUCGCCCUUAUCAUUCGAAAAUUCUGAAUGAAGUCCGCAUCUGUGAAGCCUCUCACAUCACUAUCCCACCACUCCUGGCUGCGACUCCGCACCCACACAGUUCUCUGGACAGACGUUGCUGCCACUGCCCCACAAAACGCCAGGGCCAAAAUCCUGGCUCUCUUCCUUCUUGACCUUCUCCUUAAAACGAUUAAGUUAUAAAUAUGCUGUUAGCGUCCAUGUUUACUUCCGUUAACACUGAGCACGCUCUCUGCGUGUCGUUGUGUCCUCUUCUGCGCAUGCGGGAACCUUUUGGGUCGUGCGAGGUUCACACAGGAGAUCACAUACAAGUCGCAUUUAAUUGGAAAUGUGAACGAACUCGCAAAAAAAUCGGAUUUCACAAAAAAAAGCCGAAUUGAGCGUUAAGCCCUGCAGUCUGAACGUAGCCUAAUACUCCCUCUGAUGUUAAAAUGUACCUUUGUGGCAGUUUUAAAACUAAAUUUUUGUCAGAUUGGUGCUUGAUCAAACCUCUGGUCAUUUCUGAGACUUUUAUUUUGAAAUGGUGCCGUAAUAGAUAGAUUGCAUUAUAUCGUAGGUUUUUGGUUUUUUUUUUUGCUUUUUGUUGAGGUCCGCCCUUUUUCUAUUCUCAAACUACAAGUGUCACUAUAUAGAAACACAUUAGUCAUAUAUGUGAUACCAAAGUCUGUUUUCUAGCAUCGUGUAUUUAUAAUUUUAAGCGAUUUUUAUCUACCUGGAUUUGUUUUUCUCUUAAAAAAUGUGGACUACAGGGUAAAAUAUGGACGCAAGGUAAAAUUAUGCAUGUUAAAUUAACAAUAAUGCAAUUUUUACUAAUUUUUGUCUUUCAACUUAACAUCAUGGCGGCUUUAUCAGACUCGCAAGGAUUUUUUUUUAAUUAAACCAACAGUUUUCUUUGUCUAUUCGUCGGUAUAAUGACACUUGUGUUUCUGAGAAUUCACCUUGAAUUGAAACUCAGCAACGAUAUUGACAGAAUAUAUCUAUAUCGCUGUCGGUUUUUAGCUAAUAAAGGUGCUUAUCGUUCAGACGGGCACUGUGCACAAACUUAAGGUAGUAAAUCUGUAUAAUCCAGAAGUGAUAGUAGACUUUUAGAGCGUAAUAUCUAUCAGUGGUAAACCAGUUGCCAAAUUAUUCAAAGAGAGCAAUCAGAAUAACCUGAUGCAGCCAUCAGUAUAUUUCCUCCCAGUCCUGACAACCUGAGCGGGUUUGACGGAACAUGUUAUCGUAAGAUCAGAGUAAUGAAUUAAUCAGCUUUUCUUAGGACGUUAGAACACUUAAAAGCAGUCGCUGAAGUGUUUAAAGUGCCAUUAGAUGUAAAGCCGAGCAACCAGUAACCCCUCCACUAGAUAAAUAGAACCCAGACUACAGUUCCCAUGAUGCACUCCCCCAGUUGUUAACCAGCUAAUCCAUCUGCGGCUGAAGUGAGGGAUGUGUCGCCUGGCAAACCAAAGCAUGGAGUCUUCAGAUACCAGUCGGUAAUUUCCACAUGAAUAUGGAUGUUUUGUAUAUCAGCGCUGUUCAUUUUGAGCGUCCUCUGAAGCUACGACAGCGACGACAGCCAAACAUUUCUGUUCAGUCGAUACUCGCAUCGAUGGAUUUGUCGAUAUGAGACGCCGUGUGAAGUCUGUGGUCUCAAUAAGGGACAUUUUUCACACCGGAGGAAGCAGAACACUUCAAUAAACUCCAUCCCAGUUGUGUGAAGUCCGGUUCGACCGAUCCGGCGUUCGGACCUCCUCGGUGCACUUUGAUAGCAGAUAAUUGUUUCCCAACUUCCUCCCCCCUCCUUUUCCUUUUCUUCUCCCAAAUUAACAUGAGAAGAAAAAUAAAAAGAAAAAAUGCUUCAUUUAUUUUCAGACUUCUAAAACGGUUCCACUACAUCCAAUUAAUUCUAAUUGUCUCCUAAGCUGAAAUUCUCAAUAGAAAUGGAGCAAUUAAAUUUCUGCUUUGGCUCUACCUUGGGGACGAGAGGCGUUUUAUUUCGGUGGAUGGCGGGGAGGGUUCGUCUAAACCUUUACAGAGGCGAUUUCAUGGGCGUCUGUAAUAGUUUCAUAACGGAGCGAUCACUGGGCUAUGCAAGGCAAAUAUGGCCACCAAUGUGUUUGUGCAGCGUCGGGCUUGACAUUUAGUUGUGCUUUGUUUACAACGUGGACACACUGUACAAAUGUAUUGUGCAUAUUUCACUGUACUAUACUGUAACUGCUGUGCAUUGAUAUAGCUAUGAUCAUUUGUUGCCAAUUUACUGACUUCCUCGCAAACUUGGAGCCCACCGAAUCCCUGUGUGAUACGAGUCAGAGGGUAGUAACUCAACUGAGAGCGUUAUGUUUGGUUUAAGGUGGGAUAUCGUCUUAUUUUUCUUUUUUUCUCGUGUCUUUUUGUGCUGAAACACUUUCUCUCUUUCUGUGUGUGUGUGUGUGUUGUCAUCGGUUUUGGUCAUCAGCACAGCAGGACGUAUAGCGAGCGACGUCGUCUAGAUCCUAUACCUCAAUUCAUAUUUUGAAAAUUACACUGGGUUUGGAAGCGGGCCAUGGGUUCCUCCUGGGAAUCAGUGGCACAGAAAUAAAGUGACAUCACUGGCUGGGUAUUAAAAAAAAAAAAAUGUAGAUGAACUUACUGCAAUUGGGGAGCACAUUCCUCGGAGGAGAAAGCUGCUUAUUCGCUGUUCCAUUUGCGGACCUACCUUAUCUCCAUGCACUCUGAGAUGACGAGAUUUACAUAAAACAUGGAGGAACCUCCCCGGCCGUCCCGGUCCGCGGUGUAUAGAGGACCCUGCUAGGUGUACGUACCAUAGACAUGUGAUUACCCCAGAGGUUUACCCCCCCCCCUCCAAAGCAAUAUGUUAGCAUUUGUGAUGUAUGAAUCAAGCUAAAAGGGAGCUUUGGUUCGUUUUAAUUAUGAGCUCACCCUGCGUUUGGAGAAAGGACAGGCUAACUAUGCACAUGGUUCUGGAAGACAAGGGGAGAAACGCUGGAACCGAGCAGCAGAAGGUUCUCACUGGACGGUGUUGUGUGGCAUUUUCUUGUGUUUUGUUUGUUGUGUUCAUGCCAACUGUAUAUCCAUGUGUAAAUAUAUGCUUUUUUUCUCUCUUUUUUUUGGAGUGAGUCAGAUCUAACAGUGCACUGAAUGUACAGUGACAAUAAAAAUCACAUGGUUUAUGUAA